CCCCGGGGGCGGGGCUUCCCUGCGCAGCGCUGCGCUCCAACAUGGCUCCGCGGCUGUGCAGCAUCCCGAGCGCGGCGCGGCACCUGCUGGGGGGCCGCCGACUGCUGGGGGGCCGGGGGCCCCGCGCUGGGGACGCGGCGGCUGCGGGCGCGCGCUCCUACUCCAAGGACGGUGAAGGCAGCUGGUUCCGCUCGCUGUUUGUCCACAAGGUGGACCCUCGGAAGGAUGCCCACUCCACCCUGCUGUCCAAGAAGGAGACCAGCAACCUCUACAAGAUCCAGUUUCACAACGUGAAGCCUGAGUGUCUGGACGCCUACAACAGUAUCACUGAGGCCGUCCUUCCCAAGCUGCACCUGGACGAGGACUACCCCUGCUCACUCGUGGGCAACUGGAACACAUGGUAUGGGGAGCAGGACCAGGCAGUCCACCUGUGGCGCUUCUCUGGCGGCUACCCUGCCCUCAUGGACUGCAUGAACAAGCUGAAGAGCAACAAGGAGUACCUGGAAUUCCGGAAGGAGCGGAGCCAGAUGCUGCUGUCCAGGAGGAACCAGAUGCUGCUGGAGUUCAGCUUCUGGAAUGAGCCCCAGCCCAGGGCAGGCCCCAACAUCUACGAGCUGAGGACCUACAAGCUCAAGCCUGGAACUAUGAUUGAGUGGGGCAACAACUGGGCUCGGGCCAUCAAGUACCGGCAGGAGAACCAGGAGGCAGUGGGCGGCUUCUUCUCGCAGAUCGGGGAGCUGUACGUGGUUCACCAUCUCUGGGCCUACAAGGACCUGCAAUCUCGGGAGGAGACGAGAAACGCUGCCUGGAGGAAGCGGGGCUGGGAUGAGAACGUCUACUACACAGUCCCUCUCGUGCGACACAUGGAGUCUCGGAUCAUGAUCCCUCUGAAGAUCUCGCCCCUCCAGUGAUGCUGCCACCGCCUCUGCCCCUCCCUCCCUAGAGCAGCGACCCACCGGGGCCCCCAGUCCUCCCAUCAAGGUCUUCUCGUGGAUCUGGGAGGACUUGAGGCAGCGAUAGCUCAGGGGGCUGCAGGGCAGCAGGGUUCUGAGGACAAGCAGCCUGCCCGGGCCCUCCCCCUUGCCUCCCACCUCCCUCCAUACCACCCCUGUGCUGGGACCUGUUUUAGUUUCUCUGAAGCUGUCACCUACAGUUUCUCACACUUCCUGUGAGGCCCCCCAUCUCAAGGCCACCAGCCCCUAAUUGCUGUCCAGGAAAUUCCCACCGAGUGUCAGGGUAUUGCGCCCCGUGGGGAGGGAAGGGGUUGGGCUCUGAGAAACUCCCUGGACCCCACUGUGCUGCCUACUUGCUGAAUAGUCUGAGCCAAGCCGCGCCUGCUGGGGCAGAGUCUGACCCUGACCGCCUUCAGAAGCUAAGUGGCCACAGUCAGCAGGCAGGCCGCAGAACCAACCCACAAUGACCGGGGCCUGGGAAGGGCCUGGGGUAGGAAACAGGGUGGGACAGGAUCCCAGAAUUGGGGUUUAAGCAGCAGAAUUCCAUUGUGAAAUAGGGAAGAUGGAGGUGCUAGGAGAACUCUUGCAGAGGGCUUCCUAAGGCAAGACAGACACAUGGCUGUCUCCCAGAACAACAACUGAAUUUGAUGGCAGGGUUCCAGCCCACCUGUGCCAGGAACCCCAGCCCUCCCUCCCUCCCACAAACUGGGGUGUAGGCCAGCACCUGCCUUCCCCUUGUCCUACAUUCCUUCUCUCAUUACAUUCUUUCUGCCCAGCCAUCAUUCCACUGGGCCACGGGCUGUGUGCAGGGAGUCAGUGACCUGGGGGCCUCAUCUCACACCUCACGAACCCUGGUGAUCCACCUCCCUUGCAGGGAAACUUACACUGGAAUUGCUGAUGGAACCAAUUAAAUGUCCACUACAAAA